AGACCAACAAAGAGAAGAGACAGAGAGACAGAGACAGUCGGCGACACAGAGAGAGGCAGACUGAACAGGUCUGGAAUCUUAGUAGAGGGAGCCCAAGUUAGGGAAAGCCUUACUAUUUUUUGUGGCCUCCUAGAAGAUUUGAACUUUCAUUUUGAGAGCAAGAUGGCAUUAAGGAUAGCCUAGAACUGGAAGGUGCCGGAACUUUUAUUUCGAACGGACCUUGUUUCUUACCGGAGUAUUUUUGGCUGUAAAGCGUACCACGCACAAACAUGGUUGCCAGGCACCGGAAGUAGCCGGUUAUUUUGCUGGAUUCCGUUCUUCCGCGGGGCGGAAAAGGCAUGUCGGCUUGUGUCCCGACCGUUUCCAGUCCUCUCCCUUUGCAGGACCCCAUGAGCAAGCUGUGGCGGCGCGGGAGCACGUCUGGGGCUAUGGAGCCCCCUGAGCCAGGGGAAACGCUGGAGUUGAGCCUGGCAGGUGCCCACGGCCACGGAGUACACAAGAAAAAACACAAGAAACAUAAAAAGAAACACAAGAAAAAGCAUCAUCAGGAAGAGGAGGCCGGACCGACGCUGCAGGCUCCUGCAAAGCCCCAACUUAAACUUAAAAUCAAGCUGGGUGGACAGGUCCUGGGCACCAAGAGUGUCCCUACUUUCACUGUGAUCCCGGAGGGGCCUCGAUCACCUUCUCCCCUGAUGGUAGUGGAUAAUGAAGAGGAACCUAUGGAAGGCGUGCCUCUGGAGCAGUACCGAGCCUGGCUGGAUGAAGACAGUAAUCUGUCCCCCUCCCCACUUCGGGACCUGCCAGGGGAUCUGGAGGGCCAGGAGGAAGAGGAGGAACAGAGAUGGUUAGAUGCCUUGGAGAAGGGAGAGCUAGAUGACAACGGAGACCUCAAGAAGGAGAUCAAUGAGCGGCUGCUUACUGCAAGACAACGAGCCCUGCUCCAGAAGGCUCGGAGUCAGCCGUCACCGACUCUGCCUCUGCCGGUGGCUGGGGGCUGCCCAGCCCCUGCCCUCACGGAAGAGAUGCUGCUGAAGCGUGAGGAGCGUGCGCGGAAGCGGCGGCUGCAGGCCGCGAGGCGGGCUGAGGAGCAUAAGAAUCAGACAAUUGAGCGCCUCACAAAGACAGCUGCUCCUAGCGGGCGAGGAGGGCGCGGGGCAGCACGGGGUGAGCGGCGCGGAGGCCGGGCCGCUGCCCCGGCUCCUGCACCCAUGGUGCGCUACAGCAGCGGGGCACAGGGCUCCACCUUGUCUUUUCCUCCCGGCGUUCCCACACCCGCGGCGGUGGCACAGCGGCCUGCCCCGUCGGGCCCCGCUCCACGCUGCUCUGUCCCCGGCUGCCCCCACCCGCGCCGUUACGCCUGCUCCCGCACCGGCCAGGCCCUUUGCAGCCUACAGUGCUACCGCAUCAACCUGCAACUACGGCUGGGAGGACCCGAGGGUCCGGGGUCCCCACUCCUGGCCACCUAAGGCCUCUCCCACGCCGCAUUCCCACUGUCUACCCCCACCCUAUUAAAUUUCCUGCGGUGCCUCGGCUCGUGUAGAAUUGCUCGAGUGGGAAGUCGGCCGACUAUGAACCUGCGCGUGUGAAGUCACUCAGCCAAUCAGCGAAAAAAAUUUGUGCUCCUGGACGGCCGUUUAUUGGCUGAUAAGUCAAAGCGUAUUCUGUUGUUCGUACUGGCUAUUGUUGCUGUCAAUCAGGCAUUCGGUCGAGCCUUUCCCCUGUCUUUGUCUGUGUGAGUGCUUGUUGUCUGGGAGAGCGGCACAGGCGCCGCAGCGGAUUGGGCAGAGGAAGAAACCUGUGACCGGCUCCUAUUGGCUGAACUGUUAGUUAACGAUUCUGAUUGGCUGGACCGAGCAACUGUGUCCUCUGGAGGAGCUCUCCCGGGCCGGGAGCUCCGGCCGGAGAGUGAUGGUGGCAGCGAUUGCAAUGGGCCGGGCAGGGACCAUGGAAGUGGUGGCAGAGGUGGCAGGAGUGGGGCAGCUGGCGGUGGAGAAGGCUGUGGUCUUCAGGGGUCUGUAGGUGGAGGCAUGGCUCGGGCCAGCAGCAGGAACAGCAGCGAAGAGGCCUGGGGGGCACUUCAGGCUCCGCAACAGCAGCAGAGUCCGGCAGCAUCUUCUCUUGAGGGAGCAAUUUGGAGACGAGCUGGAACCCAGACUCGCGCCCUGGAUGCCAUCCUUUAUCAUCCACAGCAAUCCCAUCUGGUUGGGAGCACUGCUCUGGGUCUCACAGUGCUCCUCCUCUACCCUAGGGAGCUUGAGACCCAGGGGUGGAAAAAAAAAAUCUGUCUCGGGGGUGUGGGAGGCAGACCUUCUGGGUGGGAGAUGUUGAAAGCUUUUUAGCUUUGGAAAUGGUCUUAAAUUCCUACGCAUCGUCAGGACUAUGUUUUGUUUCUCCUAAAACAUUACCUUACCAAAAACCACCCUUGGGGCCAGGCUUAUGUGAGAAAAGUCUUGGGUUAAAAGAACUGAAGUCACCUUUGUGUAUUUAUACUCUACUUUCUACACUAGUUUCUGGCUAUUCUAAAUCUUCCAUACUGACAACCCUACAUACAGACACUCAUUUUAGCAUCCCAUGCCAUCCUUCUAAGCUAGGUUGGCUCGUGGGUGGGAUUGUGUAUGUGCGUGCAGGAGGUGGGGGUGGACAGGGCCUUGGAUAGAAUCCCCUAGUUCUUAGUGCCUCCUUGCCUCCAGCUUCGAGAGCUGUGCCCAGGAGUGAAUACCCAGCCCUACCUCUGUGAGAGUGGCCAUUGCUGUGGGGAGACUGGCUGCUGCACCUACUACUAUGAACUCUGGUGGUUCUGGCUGCUUUGGACUGUCCUCAUCCUCUUUAGCUGUUGUUGUGCCUUUCGCCACCGAAGAGCUAAACUCAGGCUGCAACAGCAACAGCGGCAGCGUGAAAUCAACUUGUUGGCUUACCAUGGGGCGUGCCACGGGGCUGGCCCUGUUCCAACUGGUUCACUGCUUGACCUUCGCCUCCUCAGCGCCUUCAAACCCCCAGCCUAUGAGGAUGUGGUUCACCACCCAGGCACACCACCACCUCCUUACACUAUGGCCCCUGGUCACCCUUUGACUACUUCCAAUGAAUGCACCCGCUGUUCUUCCGAAUCCAGCUGCUCUGCCCACUCGGAGGGGACAAGUGUAGAAGGUGUUUCCUCCAAUCAGAGUGCUCUCCCUCCUCAGGAGGGUGAGCCCAGGGCAGGAGUGAGCCCAGUCCACACACCCCCUUCCUGCCGCUAUCGACACCUGACUGGUGACUCAGGGAUUGAGCUCUGCCCUUGUCCUAACUCCAGCGAAGGUGAGCUAGUCAAGGAGCUGAGGGCUAGUGCCACCCAACCAGACCUGGAGGACCAUUCCCCUUGUGCACUGCCCCCAGAGCCUAUGUCCCAGGUCCCUCCCGUGGGGCUGGCUUCUAGUUAUGGGGACAUCCCAUAAGUAGUUUCAAGAGGAAAACUGGGUAUUACUUGGCACCAGGAUUCAGCCCUGGUUCAACUGCAGUUCUCCAUGUGGGACCCUCUCCACCCUCCUAGAACAUGCCUGAAAGGGCUGAAGCCCUGAAGAGGGGCAGUACCGAGGACUGUGCUAUCUUUACUCACUCCCAAAACAUACACAGGAGCCUUUAAUCUCAUUAAAGAGACAUGAACCA